UUUGCGUGCUUGCAGCUCGGUAGAACGGAGUCGGUGUCCAGCUGCGGACUCGUGCUCCCUGCGCCCAGUCUGGCCUCCUUCCCUGCUCAGCCCGGAGCCUGCCGGGCGCUGCAACCCGGCCCCGGACCGCGCAGCCCAGCCGGCGCCCCCGGAAGAGGCUGGGGACGCGGGGGCGUGCUGGGCGGGGUAGGCGUGGCGGACCCGCGGUGGCCCGCGGGCCGGGACUGCUCGGCUGCUUCCUGCCCUGCGGGCGGCGCGUAGCCGCGGGCCCAGAACAUGUCACCCGAAGAAUGGACAUAUCUAGUGGUUCUUCUUAUCUCUGUCCCCAUCGGCUUCCUCUUUAAGAAAGCUGGACCUGGGCUGAAGAGAUGGGGGGCAGCAGCUGUGGGCCUAGGGCUCACCUUGUUCACCUGCGGCCCCCACACUUUGCAUUCUCUGAUCACCAUCCUUGGGACCUGGGCGCUCAUUCAGGCCCAGCCCUGCUCCUGCCACGCCCUGGCCCUAGCCUGGACCUUCUCAUACCUGCUCUUCUUCCGCGCGCUCAGCCUGCUGGGCCUGCCCACUCCCACACCCUUCACCAAUGCCGUCCAGCUGCUGCUGACACUGAAGCUGGUGAGUCUGGCCAGUGAAGUACAGGACCUGCACGUGGCCCAGAGGAAGGAAAUGGCCUCAGGCUUCAGCAAGGGGCCCAGCCUGGGGCUGCUGCCUGACGUUCCCUCUCUGAUGGAGACGCUCAGCUACAGCUACUGCUACGUGGGAAUCAUGACAGGCCCGUUCUUCCGCUACCGCACGUACCUGGACUGGCUGGAGCAGCCCUUCCCCGGGGCCGUGCCCAGCCUGCGGCCCCUGCUGCGGCGCGCCUGGCCGGCCCCGCUCUUCGGCCUGCUCUUCCUGCUCUCCUCCCACCUGUUCCCGCUGGAGGCCGUGCGUGAGGACGCCUUCUACGCCCGCCCGCUGCCCGCCCGCCUCUUCUACAUGAUCCCCGUCUUCUUCGCCUUCCGCAUGCGCUUCUACGUGGCCUGGAUUGCCGCCGAGUGCGGCUGCAUUGCCGCCGGCUUCGGGGCCUACCCCGUGGCCGCCAAAGCCCGGGCCGGGGGCGGCCCCACCCUCCAAUGCCCACCCCCCAGCAGUCCGGAGAAAGCGGCUUCCACGGAGUACGACUAUGAGACCAUCCGCAACAUCGAUUGCUAUGGCACAGACUUCUGCGUGCGCGUGCGGGAUGGCAUGCGGUACUGGAACAUGACGGUGCAGUGGUGGCUGGCGCAGUACAUCUACAAGAGCGCGCCCGCGCGCUCCUACGUCUUCAGGAGCGCCUGGACCAUGUUACUGAGCGCCUACUGGCACGGCCUGCACCCUGGCUACUACCUGAGCUUCCUGACCAUCCCGCUGUGCCUGGCAGCUGAGGGCCGGUUGGAGUCGGCCUUUCGGGGGCGGCUCAGCCCCAGGGGCCAGAAGGCCUGGGACUGGGUGCACUGGUUCCUGAAGAUGCGGGCCUAUGACUACAUGUGCAUGGGCUUUGUGCUGCUUUCGCUGGGCGAAACCCUGCGCUACUGGGCCUCCAUCUACUUCUGCAUCCACAUCCUGGCCCUGGUGGCCCUCGGGCUGGGGCUGGCUCUAGGUGGGGGCAGCCCCAGCCGGCGGAAGACAGCGUCCCCCGCCACCAGCCUUGCCUCAGGAAAGCUUCGGGAGGAGUAAGCUGUCACGACACUCCCUCUGCCGUCGGUCCAGCUACCAAGCUUUUGCCUGGGAAUUCUGUGAAGCAUGCUCCUGUCUCCCUUCCCAGAAAGAGUCCUGAAUGUGGCGAGGGCCCUGGAGAGGAUUCCCGCUUCCCCAGCUCGGCACCGUGCCUGGAAAAGCCUCCGCCCUGAGGGCCCCAG